AUGAAUUCCGGGUCUAGUCUCAUCCAACAACAAAACAUUCGCGACGUUGAGGUUGGUAAGUCCCAGUUUUCCUUCCAAUAUCCAAAAGUCUGGACCUCAGGAGAGCAAGGCCGCAUGACCACGUCAAGGAACAAGCCAAGAGCUGAAGCCUCCCGGCAAGCUCGAACAGCUCAAAGCCUCGAACAACAACCCAAGAGAUCCGGCCGCUGGAACACUUAUGCGGGGCAGGCCCCGCAAGAUGUGUUCAUGUGUACAGCUUUUCCUCCCGGGGGUCAGAGAGACGGACGGUGGGAGUAUGUCAUAACUAAUACGAAGCCUGCGGAAAUGUGGCAAUCAUUCACAUUCCCACGGCUUCCCCCCUCCCGGAAGAAUGCCCCGGAUGCGAGCCGCAGCCAAUGCGAACGGUGCGGAGACGUGGCAAAACUUUUCCGCAAUCCUGGGGAAAGGGGUCUUUCUGAUGUUACGUCUUUUUGA